CUUCCAUGUUCUCCAUCCCAUCGAUCUCCACUUCCCACUGUAAUUUUUGGACAGUGCCUUUUUCUCUGUUGUUUUUAUUUCCCCUGUCUCCAUCUUUUGGGUUGCUGUCGUUUCCUAGUGUGUUUCUCUGCUCUCACUGGCUUGGCUUGGGGGUGCUUGGAAGCAGUGAUUAGUGAGAAGAGAAAAUGGCUGGAGGCGGAGGAGGAGCAAAACCAGAUGAGCCAGCGCCACACCCACCAAAAGAUCAGCUGCUCGGCCUUCAUUUCUGCAUUGCUAGUCCUCCUCCAUGGCCGGAAGCAAUUCUCCUUGGCUUCCAACACUUUCUGGUGAUGCUCAGCACGUCGGUCAUCAUUCCCACUGCCCUUGUCCCCCAGAUGGGAGGUAGAAAUGAAGAGAAGGCGGAAGUCAUCCAGACGCUACUUUUUGUUGCUGGCAUCAACACGUUGCAGCACGUUUUUGGGACCCGAUUACCUGCUGUAAUAGGAGGGUCUUAUACCUUUGUCCCGACCACAAUAUCAAUCAUCCUUGCUGGUCGAUUCAGUGAUAAUUCCGACCCUGUAGAGAGAUUCAAGAGGAUUAUGCGAGCAAUACAGGGGUCCCUUAUUGUCGCUUCUACUCUUCAGAUUGUGCUUGGCUUCAGUGGCCUUUGGCGGAAUGUUACAAGGUUCUUAAGCCCAUUAUCAGCUGUCCCAUUGGUAGCACUAGUAGGCUUUGGUCUCUACGAGCUAGGUUUUCCUGGUGUCGCCAAAUGUGUGGAGAUUGGACUUCCAGAGCUUGUCAUCUUGGUGUUUGUUUCCCAGUAUAUGCCUCAUGUGUAUAAAUCGGAAAAAAAUAUAUAUGACAAAUUUUCGGUCAUAUUCUCCAUUGUGAUUGUUUGGAUUUAUGCUCACCUGCUUACCGUUGGAGGGGCUUACAACAACGCGGCACCAAAGACACAAACAAGCUGCCGAACUGAUCGUGCUGGGCUUAUCAAUGCUGCUCCAUGGAUAAGAGUUCCAUAUCCAUUUCAAUGGGGAGCGCCUUCAUUUGAUGCUGGUGAAGCCUUUGCAAUGAUGAUGGCUUCUUUUGUCGCUCUUGUGGAGUCGACUGGUGCUUUCAUGGCGGUGGCAAGAUAUGCGAGCGCAACCCAUUUGCCUCCAUCUGUUCUCAGCCGCGGUGUUGGUUGGCAGGGAGUCGGCAUUUUGAUCUCUGGCCUGUUUGGAACUGUCACUGGCUCCUCCGUAUCAAUAGAAAACGCUGGGCUUUUGGGCUUGACACGUGUCGGUAGCAGAAGGGUCGUGCAAAUAGCUGCUGGGUUCAUGAUUUUCUUUUCCAUUCUAGGGAAAUUUGGAGCCGUCUUUGCUUCAAUUCCUGUGCCCAUCUUUGCUGCCUUAUACUGUCUGUUCUUUGCAUAUGUGGGUUCUGUGGGACUAAGUUUUCUUCAGUAUUGCAACCUCAACAGCUUUAGAACAAAGUUUAUAUUAGGGUUCUCCGUCUUUAUGGGCUUGUCCAUUCCACAAUACUUCAAUGAAUAUACGGCAAUAAAUGGAUAUGGUCCAGUUCACACUGGAGGCAGAUGGUUCAACGAUAUAGUCAAUGUUCCCUUAUCUUCGGAGCCGUUUGUUGCUGGAUGCAUAGCAUAUUUCCUCGAUAACACAUUGCACCGAAAGGAUGGCACUGUGAGGAAAGAGAGGGGCAAGCACUGGUGGGACAAGUUCCGGUCCUUCAAGGGCGAUACGAGAAGUGAAGAGUUCUACUCCUUGCCUUUCAAUCUGAACAAAUACUUCCCACCGGUGUGAGUCGUCAUGCCACGGUGCUAGGUAUCUCCCCCACCCCCAUCAGAACAUCAUCGAAAGCUAAUUAAUUGCGUUGGGAUCUCGCGGCGAGGUUAUGAUAUAUGUAGUACUUCCUCUGGCAAGGUUAUGAUAUAUGUAUUAUUUAGUACUUCCUCUAUAGGAAAUCCGAAACAUUUAUUUCAUUGCUUUCUUUUCUUUAGUAACUUGUAAAUCAAGUGGGAGAAAUGGUUUUGAAGCUGCAGUGAAGUGAUUUUGCAUUUGCAUUUU